CGCCGCACCGUCACCAUGGGUCCGCUCGUGUCCCUGCUGCUGCUGCUGCUGACGCCAGCCGCCGUCCCCGGGCAUGGCCAGGUACACGUGCAGAGCUCGCGCGGCGACACGGGCCUGGUGCCAGCGCUGAGACUGCGGACGGAGCAGGCCGACAACGCGGCCCAGUACGCCGGCUACCAGGUGCUGCGCGUGAACGUCGACAGCAACGGCACUCUGGACCUCCUGCGCACGUACGAGGACAGGCCAGGGGUGGACUUCUGGACGCCUAUCAGCCCGCUGGUGCCCACUGUGGACGUCAUGGUCUCCCCCGACGUCAGGAGCGAGCUGACCCGCCGGCUGAAAGACAGCGGCGGCAGCUACGGUGUCAACAUAGGAAACGUGCAGGACGCCAUUGUCCGCCAGAACCCGAUACCGUCGCCGUUCUACCUGGAGCUGCUCGAGGGGCGCCAGGGCUACCAGCUGACCUGGAAGGCUUACCACCGGCUGGCCGUCCACCACCAGUACAUGGACUAUGUGGAGCACGAAUACCGCGGUCUCUGCAGCACCUUCAGCAUCGGCAUCAGCACCGAGGGCCGCAACGUCAAGGGCAUCCGAUGCGGCCUGGGAGAGCGCGAGAUCUGGAUUGACGGAGGCAUUCACGCCCGCGAAUGGAUUUCGCCGGCCGUCGUGUCCUACCUGGUCAAGGAUUUCUCGGCGACUUCGUACAAGGAGCAGGAUAUUCUGAAGGCGUUCACCAUCUACAUGAUACCGGUCCUCAACCCGGACGGCUACGAGUACACCCACACGGGACGACGCAUGUGGAGGAAGACGCGCUCGCGCACGCCCGGCUCCAGCUGCGUCGGCGCCGACCCCAACCGCAACUUCGGCUACCAUUGGGGCGAGGCCGGCACGUCCACCAAUCCGUGCAGUGACGUGUACCCCGGCUCGCGCCCCUUCUCCGAGCCCGAGACGCGCGGUGUCCGCGACUUCCUGCUCCAGCACAAGAACAAGAUGGAGAUGUACAUCUCGUUUCACAGCUACUCGCAGAUGCUGUUCGUGCCGUACGGCCACGGCACAGAACGCCCAUCCGACUAUGACGAGCUGUUGAGGGUGGCGCAGAAGGGCGCAGCGGCGCUGCAAGCGGCAGGAGGGCCCGCCUUUCGCGUCGGUCAGGCGUCCAGGCUGCUGUACGCCGCGUCCGGCGGCUCCGACGACUGGGCCAAGGCCAAAGCCAAUAUCAAGUACAGCUUCACGUUCGAGCUGCGUGACAAGGGAUUCAACGGCUUCCUCCUGCCAUCGUCGUUGAUCGAACAGAGCGGCCGCGAGACGGCGGCCGCAGUGAAGGCCAUGAUCCGGGCCAUCUUGUGAGCGGCGGACGCACCCGCGCACCGCACACCGCAUCCGCUGAGGGCGGCUGUCGCCGGCGCCCCCUCCCCCCAUCCCUCCCCGACGCAGCGUGGCCGGCCGGUGCCGGGGUACACCAGCCGACCGAGCUCCGCCAACAGGGUAGGCGUGUUCCACUGUUCUGGUAGACGGUGGUGCAUGCGCCAACACACGUUGGACCAAAACGUCUACACGUAUGUGAUGUACGCCUAUGUCAAGACAAGUCCAUACGCGGUAUAAAGAUUACACAAAAGCACACAGAAGCAUGUGAUGGAAAGAACAUUGGGGCAUCUUGUUGUCAUUGUCACGGGGACGAUGCAUUGUCAGUUUUUAGGUUUUGUUUUUAGGUCUUGUUUUGAGUGUUGCCAUCCGUUGCGUAGCAGACAAGCAGUGUAUGGGUUAUGAUUCAGAACAAUACAUUUGAAGUGACAUUACUCA